AUGUUCCAGAACCUGCAAGGAACAUUUGAAAAGGAAAUUGGAAAAAGAAUUCCAUUUACCAUAGCAUUUAAGAGAGCUGAAGCUGUGGAGCCAGAUGGCUGCGUUCAGAGCUGGUGCUGCUGUUUACCAUGUGACCUUGGACAAGCUUGUCGCUUCAUUCAUGCCAGUUCAGCUAUUAGGUGGAGCUGUAAGGGGGAGAGGAACUUUGCUGAAAGGCACAUCCUCCCUGCAGAGCUUGAAGAACAAUCUAACUGUGCUGGCAUGGGGCCCAUUCCACCUGUGAUGCCAGUUGUUGAUGGGAACCAUUUUCAGCAUCCUGCUGGUGACUGUCAUCCUUAUGGCAUUUUGUGUCUACAAGCCCAUUCGGCGUCGGUGACAGCCAGACAAGUUCUUCAAUGAGUAUUUGGGAAUAGGAUAAGUUGUGUUGCACACAGGCCAGUGGAGAAGUUGGAAUCAAAACUUUCCUACUUGGAAAUGACCUUUGGUCUGGACAGUUUAAAUGCUAAAUGAAUUAGAAGAAAACAUGUACUAGAAAUUAUUUUUUCCUAACACUGUAGUGCAAAUAAUUGGCCCGAAUCUGCUUCUCAGUGUUUCUGACUGUACCUGUUAAAAGUAAGACCUGAAAGCUCCAAAGGUCAGUGUAAAGAUGGAGUGUUCAUGAGAAAGAAAACACAGUAACCUUGUGAGUGCCUGUAAGAACCACACUGGAAAGAACUCAUCAUUAAUGCUUGAAAAUGUUAUUAAGAGGGAGACUUACCAUGUAGACAUUCCUUAUUUAAGAACCAUUUGGUUACAGUGGGUUAAGAAUCACAGAUUUUUUUUUUUUUUUAAUCUCACCUGAGUUGGCCUAGAAUGCGCUGGUUGCAAAGUGGUGUCAGCUGUGGGGAACUUGGGCCCUCGUUCCUCACCUGCAUCCUGCCCUGCACUCAGGUGCUCCCCCUGAAGUCGGGGUCCCAUCAGGUAGGCCUGUUACUAUAUGCACCUUUGGCCUGGAAUGCUCUGAAGUUGGACUGGAAAUGUUACUAGGUUGGCCUGUUACAAAAAGCACCCCAUCCUGCUUAAACACAUUGAUCUCCCUAGCCCUGCAUUUGAGUCUUUCUAGCCCACGGUCUGAAACUUGAGGUAGCUUUCCAGAUUUGGAAUGUAGAAGGCUCAGCGGGCACUCUGUUCAUCCCUGGGUGGGGAGGGCCCAGCCAACCGAAGUGCAUGUCCACUGUGCGGGCCAGUGUGUGUUUACACAAAUUUCAUCUCAGCUUUGAAAAUGCUGCUAUUAGUUUCCACUGUUGGUGAACUGGAUUUUUUCCUCCUAUUGAAAUGAUACUUUCAUACUUAUAAAGCUGUCGUCAAUAUUUAUUUCAAGGUGCUAGAUUUAAUUGUUAUUAAAUUGAAAUGCUUAUCUUGUGUUGAAGCACAGCACUGAUUUUAACAACCUGCAUUUAAUGUGUAGUAACCGAAGUAGGAUACUGUAACUGUUUAACUUAAGGAUUGUUUGUAAUCUUGUAACAUUUGAACCAUUGAAAUGUUCACUGUUCCUUGCUUUUGAGCAAAAUGUCAAUUAAAACUAAAGUAAAAUCCUA